UAUUUUUCAUCGAACCACAACUGUUAUACUUCUAAUGGGAAUAUUAUCAUUUUAUCAAAAUUUUCUUAUAUGUUAUUGGUGUGUUUAUUAAAAUAAGUGGCUUGUUUCCUUUAUUUCGUUACGUAUAUUUUAUAUUAAAGUUAAUUUUUAAAAGUGCGUGUUUAUAGUGAAUAAUACAUCAGUAAAUUAGUGCUCUUUUAACCGCUGUCCCUAAAACAUUGCCUUCAAUUUCCAAAGAGCAUUUUGCAUAUAUUUUAAACAAUACUAAUUCUCGAAAUCGAAUUAUCUGCCCGUGACGUGUUAUCAAUAACAUUUAGUUUACAGUGCUUUAUUUUCUUGCAAUAUUUCACAUUAUGUCGUUAGUAUGUGAUGUGUCGCUACUGUCGUACAAUUGAUCGACUUUCGUAGACAAGGCAAAAGAACCAUGGACGACGACGGAGAUGAUAAAGAUGACUCGAAAAGGAGGACACGUAACUUGAGUGAAAAGAAGAGGCGAGACCAAUUCAACAUGCUUGUCAAUGAACUUGGAUCCAUGGUAUCAACAAAUAAUAGAAAGAUGGACAAAUCAACUGUCCUUAAAUCUACAAUUUCUUUCUUAAAGAACCAUAAUGAAAUAACUGUUCGCUCAAGAGCUCAUGAUGUGCAAGAAGAUUGGAAACCUGCAUUUUUGUCAAAUGAGGAAUUUACAUAUUUGGUAUUGGAAGCAUUGGAGGGAUUUGUAAUGGUAUUUUCGGCAUCUGGGUGUAUCUAUUACGUCUCAGAAAGUAUAAUGUCAUUAUUAGGACAUAAACCAAGUGAUAUGGUGAACAAAAGUAUAUUUGACUUGGCAUUUGAUGAGGAUCGUUCUAACUUAUAUGCCUUACUUCAAAACCCUAGUUUGGUGAUACAUCCUAAUCAAACAAUAUCAUCAGAGAACGAGGUACGGUUCCAGUGUCAUUUACAACGGGGAACACUGGAUUUUCGAGAUGAUAUCACGUACGAACUGGUUCAAUUCAAAGGACAUUUUCGUACAUACAUGGAACAGAGCGAUAGUUCCGACAUCUUAUACCAACAAGAUCAGGAGUCAAGGCUUCUGUUUGUCUGCACCGGAAAGCUGUGCACGCCUCAACUAAUCCGAGAUGUGUCUUUAGUUGACACAAGCCGUAGCGAGUUUACAUCGCGUCACAGCUUGGAAUGGAAAUUCCUGUUCUUAGACCAUCGUGCUCCGCCCAUAAUAGGUUACCUACCGUUUGAAGUGCUUGGCACUUCGGGAUACGAUUAUUACCACUUUGAUGAUCUGGAGAAAGUCGUGACGUGUCAUGAAGCAUUAAUGCAAAAAGGCGAGCUUACGUCAUGCUACUACAGGUUUCUUACCAAGGGUCAGCAGUGGAUCUGGUUACAGACCCGUUUUUAUAUCACUUACCAUCAAUGGAACUCUAAGCCAGAAUUCGUUGUCUGCACACAUCGUGUUGUGAGUUAUGCGGAUAUAUAUAAAAACGCGAAGCAGGAAAACAUUGACACUGACACCGUAAGCGAACCAGAACCCAAUAGAAGUGACUUGAAGGAGACAUCUUCAGAAGAUGCCAUGAUGGCUAUGUCACCAUCUUAUAUGUCUGAGGCCAGUGAUGCUUUCGGGAAUUCAUAUCAUUCUCUGUCGCAGCCACUAUCGGUGAAGUCGGCCGCGACGUCAACUGGCAGUACUUGCGCCACCGUCGCGACCAUCGGCACGGCUACCACUGCCACUGCUUCGUGGCCCACCCGUGCCUCGCAGGUGCUGUACGCUCCAGGAUCCGAUACAGCCUCAGUGUCGGGUGAUUCGCGAUCGUCACGCAUGACCGCGCAAGAAACGCCACGGCUAGCUGAACCGGCGAUAGUACCUCAGCACGGUAUCGGCGCACAGUACUUGGAGCCGGCGCCGUACAUUGGAUCCGUCGGUGUGUCAGGGGUGUUGUCGCUGCCGCUACACUCGGUGCCGGUGAUCGUCAGCCCGGAUCAGGCGCAGUUGCAGGAGCAGUUGCAGCGCACACAUCGCGAGUUACAGCAGAUGAUAGUGCGCCAGCAGGAAGAGCUGCGGCAGGUGAAGGAGCAACUCCUACUCGCACGCCUCGGUAUCUUACAACCGCUCAUUAACCCUUCCAGCUCAUCAAAUACCACAUCAAUUCCGAUGGUUCAAGAUCCAUUCUCACAUACCGAACAAAUGCAACAAAACGAACGAGCACAAAUACUGUACGACGGAACAGCGGCUAGACCAGCGCCUAGCUAUCCUCACCACCCGCCACCGCCGCCGCCGGGUGGUCACCACCUCAACAGACAUCAAAAUCAAAAUCAUCAUAUGCCACCGCAGCAAUAAGACUCGGUACUUCGCGACGCAUGUGGGACGACUUAUCUUAGCCCGGAUCUCAUUUAAUGAUAAAAUACUUCCUUUUAAGCACAAAUAUAUAAAAUAAUCUUUUCAAUGUUAUUUACCGUCUCUGUUGUGGAUGUAGUUUAGUUUUUCUGUAGUAAAAUGAUAAGGCAGGAAUGCGUGACGAGUACGUGUUACAAUACAAACACAAACGUUUAAUAAUAUUUAGGGAAUCGCUUGAGUCCGUCACUUAAGAACGUGUUUCUCAUAAUAUAUUUUACGUUCUUUUUAUAUCUCGUAGAAUUAGUGUUAAUCUCAAUUAGUUUCGAUAUAUUUUUAUGAUAUUUGUUAUGAUAUAUUCGUACUUCUAAUAAGUGGUUAUGUUUUGUUGAAACUACUUGUACAUUAACUUUAACGAAGUAGAGGUUGGGACUCUAUAUCUUAACACACUUAAAUUUAGACUUUUCUUAGAUUUAUUGAAAAAAAAAAAAGUUAAACUUAUGUAAGAUUCCAAACAUACAUUUUUCAAGGUCACCGUAUUCGUAUAAAAUGUAUAGGAAAUAUUCUACAUUUCAAGUACUUCUUGAGGUUAUGCUUAAGAUCUAUUCAGAAUAAUUAACAUUGAUAAGAGUACUUAAUAUUAUUGUUUUCCUACAUACGGUUUAGUUAAAAUUAAAAUCAACUUUAUCGACUUAAUGAAUUAUUAUUUAAAGUCGGGGUGACCUUAAUUGUGAUGCAACUAAAUAUUAUUUUAGUGUAACGGCAUUUCUUAUUUUUGUAUUUUUGAUCGAAGGGCUGUGCAAUUUUGUAUAUAAUUAUGUCGAUAGGUACCAGAUAACCAUUAUUUUAGUUUAAAUCGAAUGGACGUUACGUUGUCUUUAAAAUAUAUUUUGAUCUUUUACUCCGUUCAAAUAGAUUAGUUUAAAGAUUUUGUACAACACAAUCGGCUACAUAAAUUGUAUAUUAUUUGGUUUUUAUAGUUUAAAUUUAAUAAAACGUACCUUCUGGUUAUACAGAGUAUACUAGCGUGUAAUGACAAGUUUUAGAGAAUGUCUUAAACCAGGUAGUUUUUAAAAUAUCUAUCAUUUAUGUUUUGAAAUGAAUUAGCAAACCAAAAUGGUCUACUCAAGUAAAGCCAGUAUGGCAGCUUUCGCAUUAACAGCACGACCUUCAAUUAUUUCUACAAAAAAAAA